CCUGACGAGGUAGAUGCUCCCGAACACCCCCAGGUGUAUUUGGAGCGGGUGAGGCACUGGAUAAGACAGCAUAGAGGCUUUAACGCUUACGAAUAUUACCAGGAAUUUCGAUUUGCUAACCUGGACAGAAUAGCGGGGUUCGCAGAGGCCAUGGUCGCUAUUGACGCCGCUAUUCAAAAUUUGCUAGACGAUAUUAACACCCAGGCGGGACCCGAGGAUUUCGUACAGUUGCGCUUAGACGCCCAGGGCCUCAAUCAGCCCCUCUUUUCUUUGAGGAGGCCUCGGGAAGAUUUAAACACCGCAAAUUUUUUGAAUAACCUUGUUUCGGUGUUGCAAAGUAAUGCGGAGCUUGUGGGAACAGGCGUUUUAAGACUAGUCGUGACGAUUAUCAGAAACAGGGCGGCGGGGCGGCGAGGUCCUUAAAAACCCUCAUGUACAGUAAAAUCAUAGGAAAAAAUAACAUUUAAUCGACCUACGUAACCGGGGAAAUAACUUGUGCUUUGCCGGCAGCGUGCUGGGCCUGUUAUCGAGUGAAAAACUUACAGACGGCCAAUUACUAGAAGGGGCCAGGCGUCUUCACCAGGAGCUGGGGUUUUCGUCCCAAAAAAUGAUUAGUUUUACAGACGUGGGCUCUUUCGAGGAGCGCUUAGGCGUGACGAUCGCUGUGCUGUGUCACAAAAAGGGUCAUUGGCGCUUUUUUACAACCGGGGGCGCGCGACACCCCAAAACCGUAUUUGUAUUGUUGCAUGACAAGCACUAUUACGGCAUUUUAAAUAUUAAAGCCUUUAUAGGGGCGUCGUAUUUGUGCAACUACUGUUACGCCACGUACAGUCACAAACACCAACACGCCUGUAAAGGGCACUGUCAUACUUGUGAUGACGCCGAGUGUUGCGAGGUGGAUGCUGAAAGAAAGCACUGCCCCAGCUGUAAGCUAUUUUGCCGUUCCGAGGCCUGCUUAGACAGACACAGGGCGCUGGCGGCGGCCGGUAAAGUCGAUUGUAACACCAGAAGCCUGUGCGAUAAGUGCGGCUUCUACGUUGCUAAAAAUCACAAGUGUAAAAGCAAAAAGUGCCCUCAGUGUUACCAAAAGACAGAGGCCGUGGGGGGCCACGAGUGUUACAUGCGUAACAUCUCGUCUCCGGAGGAGGGGGAGGACUAUGUUUUUUACGACUUUGAAUGUAUGCAAGAAAUGGGGGUGCAUGUGCCAAAUUAUGUGUAUGCCUUACACUUGAAUAAAAAAGACAGCUGGGAGUUUAAGGGCAUAGAUUGUGUCAGCGAGUUUGUACGAACCUUUAUAGACAAGCGCUUUAAGAACUACACUUUUAUCGCGCAUAACGCUAAAGGUUACGACGGUUAUUUUAUUCUGAGACAGCUGAUUAAGGAAAAAAUGCCCGUCAGCCCCGUCACGCAAGGCGGGAAACUUAUGUGCGUUACGGUAACGAAUUUAAACAUUAGGUUUAUAGAUUCUUUAAAUUUUUUGCCCAUGAAACUUAGCAAGUUACCCAAAGCUAUGGGGUUCCAGGGUGUUAAGGGCUAUUUUCCGCAUUUUUUUAACAAGGUCGAAAAUCAAAACUACGUGGGCCACAUGCCCGACGUAGAAGCCUUUGGCGUAGAGUACAUGAUGCCCGAAGAACAAAAGGACUUUCUGAACUGGCACCAGCACCGCCGCCAAAACACGUUCGAUCUGCAAAAAGAACUGCGCUAUUAUUGUCAAAAAGACGUUGAGAUUUUGCGCAAGGCCUGUGACCGGUUCAGAAAAGAAGUCAUGAGGAUGACAAAAAAACAAAUUGUUAAAAACCCCGGGCAAGAUAACGAGGAGGUGGUGACUAAGUGCAUAGACCCCUUUCAGUACCUCACGCUAGCGUCGAUCUGCAUGGCCAUGUACCGGUUUAACUUUUUACAGCCGCGCACCAUAGCCCUGCUGCCGCUAGACAAUUACCAUAACCAACAAAAAAGAUAUUCCACACUGGCCAUUCAGUGGUUGCUGUACGUCUCUCACACAGAAAACCUUUACAUACAGCACGCUUUGCAGGACAGGGAGCUUAAAGUGGGUUCCUACUUUUUAGACGGGUACGCCGAGGUAGAGGGUAAACCGACGGCCUUUGAAUUUAAUGGUUGUUUUUUUCACGGUUGUCCGGUUUGCUAUUGUGAAAACGAUUUCAGCCAUCUGCUGGAAGCGACCUACGGCCAGCUGUACAACCGCACGAUAAUUAAGACCGAGUUUUUGAAAAAACAGGGCUUCGAGGUGAGGACCUUGUGGGAACACGAAUGGCAGGCCAUGCUGGCUAACGAUAAUCGGGUGGGGGCCUUUUUAUGAGAAAAAAAGUUACCGUCACCUUUGAUUCCCAGAGACGCCCUUUACAGGGGUAGAACCAACGCCGUUUGCUUGUAUUACAAGCCGCGGCCCGGGGAGCAGAUUCAUUACUACGAUUUUAACAGCCUUUACCCCUUUGUUAACAAAACUAAGCGUUAUCCCGUGGGACAUCCGGUUAUCGUGUAUAAGGAUUUUGGGGACAUCAGACAGUACUUCGGUUUCGCCAAGGUUAAAGUGUACCC